CGUUUGCUCGCCCAUUAGGCAGUAUCAACAUGGCAGCUUUCUGAGUUUUGGAGGAGGGGGACCUGGUGUAAAUAAACACAGAUAUCACGUUUUACGGAUAAGGACAGCUUUUGGGUGCUUGUGUUUAGGACUGACUGGAACCGCAGAGGGAAAAUGUCGAGUGACGGAAACAGAAAACAGUUCUGGAAAAGAAACGCAGCCAAGGUUCCUGGCAGCAUUCAACAUGUGUAUGGUGCACAACAUCCACCUUUUGAUCCGCUCCUUCAUGCUAAUCUAAUUAAAGCAGGCAAUAAACCUCCUCCGGCCACGCCAGGGAAGCCAAAGAAAGCGACCACCUUCCAGGAGUUUGAGAGCAUCACAAGUGAUGCCUGGGAUGUUGGGGACGAUGAUGAUGAGCUGCUGGCCAUGGCUGCACAGAACCUUAACAUUGAAGUGGUCAUGGAGACAGCCAAUAAGGUUAUUGAGAAUCACAGCAAGCAGCAGGAGAGACAGAGGCUGGAUGACACAACAGAGCUGGAACAGAGAGAAGAGGACACACAGGAGGAGCUGGCAGAGGACGAAGAGGAGGACGAGGAGGAAGAGGAGAGCACGGUGGAGGGGGGAGAAGUGACCAGCCCAGAGGUUUCGUUUGCCUCCCAGUGCAGCCCUUAUACUGAUGGCCACCUGGUGAAGUCCCACAGUGAAGCUCCAAUUGGGUCACCUAAAGAUGAAGCAGGUGAGUGUGUAGCCCUCCACAGACAGCGGUCUCUGCCCCACAGGCCCGUCAUCCCACUAGUGGCUCGCAUGGCUGACCAGAACACGUCUGGUACCCCAGCCAUGACCGAGAGGGAAGCUUCCCGUUUGGAUAAGUUCAAACAGUUGUUGGCUGGGCCGAACACAGAUCUUGAGGAGCUACGGAAACUCAGUUGGUCUGGAAUUCCACGACAGGUCCGACCAAUUACUUGGAAACUACUUUCAGGUUACCUGCCAGCUAACGCAGAGAGGAGAGAAAACAUCCUACAGAGGAAGAGACAAGAAUAUUUUGGCUUCAUUCAGCAAUACUAUGACUCCCGCAAUGAUGAACACCAUCAAGACACAUACAGACAGAUCCACAUAGACAUUCCUAGGAUGAGUCCUGAGUCUUUGGUGCUGCAGCCAAAGGUGACAGAGAUUCACAUUGACAUACCGAGAACUAAUCCUCUUAUUCCUCUUUUUCAACAAGCUUCUGUCCAAGAGAUUUUUGAGCGGAUCCUGUUUAUUUGGGCCAUCCGCCACCCAGCCAGUGGCUACGUGCAAGGCAUCAAUGACCUGGUCACGCCAUUCUUCGUGGUCUAUGUCUUUGAGUACAUCGAGGAGGAAGUGGAAAACUUUGACGUGUCCAGUCUCCAGGAAGAGGCUCUGAGGAACAUUGAGGCUGACAGCUUCUGGUGCAUGAGCAAACUGCUGGAUGGUAUCCAGGACAACUAUACAUUUGCCCAGCCAGGCAUCCAGAGGAAAGUCAAGGCCUUGGAGGAGCUGGUCAGCAGGAUUGAUGAGUCUGUGCACCGCCACAUGCAGCAGUACGAGGUAGAGUACCUGCAGUUUGCCUUCCGCUGGAUGAACAACCUCCUGAUGAGGGAGCUGCCACUACGCUGCACAAUCAGACUGUGGGACACAUACCAGGCUGAACCAGAGGGUUUCUCCCAUUUCCAUCUCUACGUGUGUGCAGCCUUCCUGGUGAGGUGGAGGAAAGAGAUUAUAGAGGAGAAGGAUUUUCAGGGGCUAAUGAUCCUCCUGCAGAACCUUCCCACAAUGCACUGGGGCAACGAGGAAGUGAGCGUGCUGCUGGCCGAAGCCUACAGGUUAAAGUUUGCCUUUGCCGAUGCGCCCAACCACUACAAGAGAUGAUAAGCGUCCCUCUCUGCAGCUGAUCCCCUUCUCCUCCUGUUCUUCCUCCUCCUGUUAUUCAUCCUUUUCCUUCGCCCCAGUCAUCUACUGAACUUGGAGGCCUCUAUUCCUACAUGGAAGUACCUCCCCUUUUCUUAACCUCCCCUUCCUAAAUUCCCCUUUCAGCUACUAAGAGAUUUGAAUCAACCAAUGACUGGAAGGAGGUGCGUUGUAACAUUCUAACAUGUUGAUGUGGAGCCUUUUUUUAAAUUAUUUUUCUCUGAUCAGCACUGAAAUGUGCCCUCCUGCAGUCCAGUGCAGAGCCCUCUUCUUCAUCACUGAAGACCACAACUUUUUGUUGGAGUAUGGUCUGCUCAAGUUGAUGCCUCAAAGUACAACCUCAGGCCUGAUGCAGGACCAUGAGCUGUUUCAAAGCACUGCCUGGGGUCUAGUGUGGCCUAGAAAAAUGUUCUUUUCUGCUUACUGUUAUUUCCAAUGCCAUUGCAAUACAUUCUUUGUUCUUUGUUCCCCUAGGAAAAAAUGUGACGUCCUCUUUUUCAUUUUUCUCUCUCCUGCAUCGUGGCAGGAGAGAGACAGAUUUUUUUUCCUCAUGAACAAACCAGGAUUUUACAGAGAGACGGAUUGUCAGUCUCCCUCAUUCCACAAACUAUGCACACUGGCUCAAUCCCUGCUUUAUCCUAUCCUCCCACCCGCACGCCAACAUCACAGCAUUUGAGUGUAAGACAAACAUCGGUAAGAGGCUGCAGGUCAGGAGAGUUACACAUGCACAGAUCAGCAUCAAAGAAGGUAAUAAGCCAUUAGGAGUAAUAAAACUAAUUAUUCCCACUCAUUAGGUUUUUCUCAGACCUGCCUGUAAAUGAAGGGCCAUUUCUUAUUUAUUAACUACUACUCCUCUCAGAACUUAAGACUACCUCAGAACACAAAUUAACACACAAAUAGUGAGAACUGAAAAUCCAUUCAUUUAGGCAUGCAUGGACCAAAAACACAUUGGUGUAUAUAUUGUGACAGUAAAAAAAACAGACACAAGUGCGCACACAUCAGGAUGGGGCCAAAAUAAACUAUUUGGAGUUCAAUGCAAAUUGUGAAGUAUGGACCAAAUUAACAAUUUGGGCUUAAAAAAGAUAUAUAUUUUCUUUCUUUCUUACCAGUUACUCUCCUCCUGUCUUAUGCACCUAUUUUCAUGGGUUAAAAAAAAAAAAACAUGUCACAUGCAACAUUCCAUUAUGUUGCCCAUUGGUUUGUUGUUGGUGGAAAUAGUCUUUGACAUUUUGCAGAGAAUAGACUUAAUAGGACUUCCAAGAGUAAGCACAAAUGAAAUGUGUUUAGUAAAUGUGCAAUAGUUUACAGAAAAAGAAAAAGUCAAAUAAAGAGGAAUAUUUUAUUACACAUUCUCUGAAACGUAGUUCCACCUAAAAAAUAAAAAUUUAAUUCAAGUUAAGUUUCAGUAAGGGUUUGUCACUACCCCUCUCAACAUUAAUGAAUCAUUCUUAUUAAUAUAUCACCCAUAAAGCCUUCUUUGCCUAUAAUCAUAUGAUAGUAGUUCUUGGGUUGUGUUUUGCAGCCUCUAUCUAUAAGGAAGUCUUACAAAAUGUAAUUACACAUUCUUGAUCCAUAUUGGUUCUCUGUUGAAUUAUGUGUAACCAGCACUGGGCUGCUACAAAAUUAAGAAAAUAACAUCUGUGCCAGCGUGCACUUGAAACAAGUCAAUUAUAACUUGGCAUUCUCCACAACUUCUCAAUUGAUGCAGUGAAAGUCAUCAGAAAUGUUGGAAAACAUCCUGGAGUUUUACUGGACAAACUGAGAUUACAAAAUUGUCCCUCAGCUUCAGGACAAUCGUCAAUACUCUUUCCACAUUGUCAAAUAAAAACACAAGGUAAUGCACUGUGUGCACCAUAGUCUGGCAAAAGUAGUGUUCUUUUUGUAAAUUUUCAAAAUGCAUUUUAAGUGCAGGAGGGAAAGACCCUCUGCUGUAAAUAAAAACAUUGUAGAACAGAGCCAGAAUCAUGGCUUUAAAUGUUUUGGUUACAUUUGGUUUUGAUGAGAAAUCCGUUUUUAAUGUCUUUUCUCAGACUUGGAAAAUCUGGUCCGAACUCCCCUUUGAAUGUGAUUAUUCAAUAUAACCUUUAGUGUAAUCCUUGCACAAAGCAAGCUGCACAUAAAUUAAUGGGGGUAAUCAGGCAUGACAAAAACACAAAGCUGUUUACAUACAGAGUCUCCUGUUGCGACUCCGCCAGAUUCCAUUAUUGUAACCCAAGCCCCGCACAGACAGUCUGCAUAGGUAUGUGAAGGGGAUAUGGAAGGAGAGAGAGCUAGUUGUGUUUCUUUGGAGGUUUUAGUUUGAGAGCUAUCAGUCUUUGAUCACACGUUGUGAUUUUUUUUUAACAUAAUCCUUAUCAUCUUCCAUGCUCUCUGACAAGGAAAAACUGCACUUAAUUUAAAAGUCUAUGGCUUUUUUUCCUCUCUUUCUUUUUGUAUGACAGAUAUUCUUUCAAUCAGCAUUUUAAAGAUUUGUCUUUUUCCUAUUGGGUUUUAUUUUUUUUGCUGUUUACAUGACAAGUCUAUAAAGUUGUGCCUGACUCUGGAGACACAAGACAACAACCUAGAUAUGUUUUGACCGCAAAUUACCUAGGAAAAGUUUUAGAUUUCUGCAAGCAAUAGUAUGACAUUUUGAAUUUGCUGUGAAAAGACAGAAAUUUUUUUCCAUGUAGUUUUUGGAGUGUGUAAACCACCAAUGUAAAUUGUUUAAUUAUAUUCUGGGCAUUUAAACAAUAUUAAUAGUUCAAACUUGGCAACUGACUGUUUGCUAAACCGCUACCCUGAACAGCAACUGUCCAAUCAUAGCUUAGCAACUGGCAUGAUUGACCUUCCAAGCUUUAGAUUUGUCCUCAUGCAGAAAUGGUGUGCGUAGGGGAUGUUUUUCGGUUGCUAAUUCUGUUUCUAAAGCCGAAAAGCAUAUCAUUAACGAACUACUUCAGCUAGUUCAAUUACAGGUUAUGUUUUUUUUUUUAAAAACUAAUUAUAGCAUUUCCUGAAGUCAGUCCUGGAUCCUGUCAGAGUUUAAGCUAAUGUAGCUGCACCGUCCAUCAACCCUGCCAAAAUUACCCAAGAUAGCGUCCUAAAUGCUUUUUCUCCUGUAACAUUAAAAAUGUGGGGAAAAUAUUAUCAAGUAUUUAAGCCAAGCAGUAUUUUUUCUUGUCAUACUUCUAAAAGUAGGACUAAGUAGCUAGUCUUCAACAUGGAACAUCAGCUGAUAAGGCUGCUGACUUUUUGUCUGGGACAUGCAACUUUAACCUCAGUCUUUUUCCACAAUCUCAUGUACAUUGCCAUCAAGUACAUAUAAAUAAAAGCCCUUUAAAAGUCAGCCAGAGACAUUGUUUUAAAUCACCUAGGGUAGUUAGUUAGCUAGCUACAGCUGAUAAAAUCUGCCAUCAGCAGUUGUCAUGUCACCCUUCCAAUUCAACGGUUGCCGACAAGCUGAAAUCAAAGAUCCAUUGUUUCAAAAAUAUACAAAGAAUUUUGAGUGGUAAAUCUGCCACCGUGAUUGCUGUAAACUAAGCAUGUGCCAAGAAUGGAAAGCUUGACAGACAUAGCAACAGUAACUGAGUGGAGGCAGAGGUUAGCAAACAGUCACUUAUUGUCCCAUUUAUGACCCAAAGCUCUACUAUUUAAGAUGUUUGUUGCCUUAUUGCACACAUAUAUAGCUCAGUGUGGGGAGAAUAAGUGAUGCCAGUGGUGACCAGCGAUGCCCAGGGCAACAAACAAUGUUGGUGGUUGACAGAUACUGUACUCUCUGUGAAUGUGUGUGUGUGUGCUCGUGCGAAUAUUGGGCAAACACUCUAGGCUCGACCCCUCCCGCUCAUUUUUUGGUGUAAUGUCACAAUGUCAUAAACUUUAAUUUCCCUUUAACAAGAAUUAGCUGCCUCUCAGACUUUUGUGAAAAGAGUUGGUCCAAUAAACAAACACAUUUAAUAAACAGUUGUUACCAGUGUCAAUUUAGCUUUCCUGACACACACUGGCUCUCAGCACACACACGUCUCCAUGGUGAUGAAGGCCUGGGUGCAUUUUUUGGAGCAUCUUUAGGAGGGUAUCCUUAACAUUUUCAGCUGCUUUCAUUUCUUUUACUGUAUUUUUUUUCUCACUCCACUUCUCCAGACCUGAAAAUAUGUUUAUGAAAACCAAACUUGGGGGGGGGGGGAUCCUCCCCCAUGUCUUUUGCCUCUUGAGUACUUAGAAAAAUCUAAUAAUACUAGAGCCUUGUGGAUGACAGGUAGUGGUUCUUGAAUUUAAAAUGUGUACAGAGAAGAUUUUGAAACAAAAAUCUGUAAAUAGAAAGUGUAAAU